AUGACGGAAAGCAUAACGGCUGAGAGCCUGGCGUCGCGGAGUUUAUCGAUUGCGCGGCCGUUGAGAUGGUGGGAAUUCGCGACGCCGCUUCUUAUAGUUACCGGGGCAGACUUCAUUUGCAGUGUUGGGUAUGUGGUCCUCGACGGUAUAGACUCGGAGCUCGCUGUCUUCCCACCUAACCUGUUAAGAGUGACCCUUCUUGGCUCAGGCAUUGCUUCGUUUGGCAUAAUAGAAAAGCGGAUACUAGACAGCGGGAUACCGCAGGCCGAGAUAUUUAGACAGAUAGGCCAGUGGGCACCGUGGGCAGCAUCCAUACUUGUUGGUAUUGGAACUGUGGUGUACAGGUUGUCCGGGCUCGAUAAUGACAAGGACCAGUCUAGGAGGACUUUAUUUGAGCUUGACCACAGCCCGACCUGAGUUACCUACGAGAGCAAUUUCACGGGUUGGAUGCGAUGCUACGAGGUCGAGAUUCCGUGACAAUCUCGCCUUUUAUCGUGGAAAGCCGCGGAAGGGAGCACAAAUGGGGACAUCGUCUAG